CUACCCGCCGGGCCCCUGAGCUGAGGGGCGUGGCCGGCGGGGUGAGGCGUCCCCCGGGUCGGGGGUCGGGCCUAGGGGCAUCCCCCGAAAGGCGGAAGCGGGGCGAGGCUAUCACAAAGCUGCGGCCGGGUCUGAAGCUAUUGGGGAGGGGGCUGACGGGAUGGCCUGAGGAAAAGGUGCGAAUAAGAAAAAGGCACUCUUCUGGGCCGACGAAUGAGAGAAGAAAAUGGCGCCUUCCCUGGACGGUUCUGGAGUUGAGAAGCCCCAAAUCAAGCAAGGUUCAGCAGAGUUGGUUUCGUGUAAGGGUCCCGAAGAAGGAUCUAUUCCCGGCCUCACUCGUUGACUUAGAGAAGCUGAGCCAUGCAUGGGGGACUGAAGAGAAUGACAGCUGGUGGCCCUCAUCUGACCCUCCUCUCUGUUCCCAAAAUCUGAGGGUCUCUGAACCAGAAACUCGGAAAUCUGUAAUCAGAAGCCACCUUCCCCACCCACAUGCAGAAGUUUUCACACUCAUCUUGAGAGUCUCCCCAAGAGUUAAAAAAGAAAAGAAAAGAAGUUUCAGCCAGGCACAAAUGAAUCACAAGUGUAUUUUGCAACAAAAGUCAACAACUUGAGUUGCUCCAUUAAACUCUGCAAAUAUCCAGGAUUGCAAAAGCCAGGGUGGAUUUCUCAUGGAACUUGCGUCUGAAAUUUCUUAAAGGGGAAAGGUGAAGGUCUCAGAUGAGUAACAGCUCAGAAGCCCUGGAAAAGCCAUUAUCUCCAGGAGCCGGAAUUGCAGGGGACAGCAGUGGCAGAGGAAACCAAACCUUCCCACAACUGAAGAAUCUUCCUCUGCCCGUGGCCCCUCCCGCAGCCCUGGACCCCAUCCCCUGCUCACUCCAGCCUCACUCACUCCAGGACGAUGGAGAUGGAGUCAAAGACUGAGUGACAAGUGUUGUGAACAGAAGACCCUGAAAAUUGAAUAAGCUUCAGGCCCUAACAACACUUGAUGCUCCCAGACUGAAUCAGGCCAGGCCCUGGGCUAACCACUUUGUCAGCAGUUUCUCAAGCCUAUGAAACCAACUCACAUAGGAAGGUCCCCCUAAAGUCCUGGAAAAGCUCGGAAGAUGAGACUCACUGGCUUCUUCUCCCAGAAGGGUGAAUGAAGAAGGCAGCAGGCGCCUGCCUACUCAGCAGCCAGAGAAGGGCAAAGGACAAGGGGAGCCACAAAAGCAGGCGCCUGGGUCUGGGUUCCUUCCUCGCACGGUCCUCCUCCUCCCCCCCUCCCUGCCGGAAGAUUGGGGAAUCUCAAGUUGUUCUUCUUUGCCCACGCCUGACAUUUUUUUCCACUUUACUCUUUCUUGGACGCCUUUCAAGAGUUUGUGCAAUCAUUCUGUUUAGCUGUUUUUCUGCCAUUUUCAAACGUGGGGUGGGGUCCCUUUCGGGUGAGAACGGGGUUACUUGAAGAGUUGAAGGAGCCCUUUCACCUCCUAUCACCCCAAACGCAGUAGGCCCUUCGCUGCCAAAGUUACAAAGUCUGAAACUUUCCGCAUGCCGGGGUUUUGGCUUGGUGCUGGGCUCUGCGAGCUCUCACCUCCUCCCCUGCGCCUCUGCGCUCCGGAGUUCGUGCGCCCCUCACCCUACCACCCAGAGCUAUCCUCUUCCCAUCCAGUCCUGGGCAAGAGCUAUGUCUCCUUCCUGCCCCAGAGACGGGGACAGACCCCUCACUGCUUUAGAGACUUCCUCGGCGGUCCUGCCCAUGCCCCCGAGCCUCCCCUCUCCCGCCCCCUCCCCGCGGACCCGGUGCAGACACCUCGGCCCCCAGCCCCUGAGGCCCCGGUCUGGAAGGCUGGGCAGAGGCAGCGACAGCGACAGGGGCCGGAUGAGGACAGCGACGGGGUCCGGUUUGGAAGGCAGCGACGAGAACAAAAGCAGGGACACAGUCAAGGCAGAAACCGGGCAGGGCCGGAGCAGCGGCCCUUCUCCUCUCCCCACCUCGCCCGCGCCCCAGCCCGCAGCCCCCGGGCCUGGCCCCGCUCACCUCCUCGGGGAGGCUCGGGCGGCGCCCCGCGGGACCCACCUGAUCCGCAGAACUGGGCGCGCUUGGAGAGGGACCACGCCUCGGCUCCCGGGCGCGGCGGCGCCCUCGGCUGUCCGAACAGCGGCCGGGCCGCCUCCGCCCGAGCCCGGCAGGGAUGCCGCCUGCGCUCCGGCCACACGCCGGACGCUCUCCUCCAAGGCAGCGGGCGGCGCGCAACGGGCCGGGGCGCGAAGGAGCAGGGAGCUCUCGGCAGCAAGCGGCGCACUCCCCGCUCGGCACCGCCCGAGGCUAUUUAUGCAAAGCGGGUCCCGCCCCGGACACAGACAGCAGAGCUGCGGACCACGCCACGGCUCCUUUGCCGGUGCGUGCGAGUCUGAUGGCCUGGCUGCAGAGAUGGUGUUUGUUUCAUUUCACUCAGGCAGAAAAAAGCCUGAAACCAGCAAAAAAAAAAAAAAAGAAAAAAAAAAAGACGGUGACGGUGGCUGGGCCUCUGCCCCCUCGGGCCGGCACGUGGUAGAGGUAUGGCCAAAGUGUUCCGGCCAGAAGACCUUCCUCCCUAUACCUCCUCCAUUCCUUUAAGAAAUAUUUAUUGGGAUUCUGCUAUCUGUCAGCCCUGUUCUUCAAGCUGAGGACACAAAAGCCAACAAGCGAGAUAGCGUCAUAGCCCUGGAGGAGCCUGCAGCUCAGGCAUUAAACUAAGAACUGUUAUCAAUGGAA